AUGGCACAGGCGGACACGAGCGGUGUCCACUGGGAGUUCGACCGGGUGUUCUUCAUGGGGGACCUCAACACUCGCCUGGAUGCGAGCCGGGAGACGGUGGAUGCGUGGAUUGCGGCAAAGCAGUUUGACAGAUGCCUGGAGAAGGAUCAGCUGCUGCCCUUGCUGAAAGGCGACUCAGGUCAUGCGGGACUCUGGUCACACUUCGAGGAGGCGCAGAUCAACUUCGCUCCCACAUACAAGUUCGAUAAGCAUUCGGAAGUGUAUGACUCUUCCAAGAAGCAGCGCGUUCCAAGUUGGACGGACCGGAUUCUCUGGAAGAAGGAUGUGCACGUCAAGCCCAUGGCAUACAACUCUGUGCCAGGCCUGCAAUGCUCCGACCACCGGCCCGUCUUUGCGCAGUUUGAGGUGGACAUCGAUCUUGACUCCUGGUCUGGUCCGGCCAACUCCGAUGCCAGGAAGAGCUCUGUUUGCGCGGUGCAGUGA